CAGAUCCAUGCAAGAUGGCAGCCAGACACGAUCUGAGGUGGCCGCGGUUGUUUCUGUGGAGCUUGUGGCAGGGUCGGGGGCCUCCACAAAGUCGGGUGUCAUGCCUGGGCGUAGAAGCGAGGACUUACUCCCGGGGCGACGGCCCGUACUCGCGCACGGCGCUGUAUGAGCUGCUCGGCGUCCCCCCCACGGCCACGCAGGCGCAAAUCAAGGCCGCCUACUACCGGCAAAGCUUCCUCUACCACCCGGACCGCAACUCCGGGAGCGCCGAGGCUGCCGAGCGCUUCACGCGCAUCUCCCAGGCUUACGUGGUGCUGGGCAGUGCCACUCUGCGCCGCAAGUAUGACCGCGGCCUGCUCAGCGACAUGGACCUGCGCGGACCUGGCGUCCGUCCCUCCACGACGCCCUCGGCGGACUCCGGCUCGGCCCGCACCCCUUCGCCCGCCUCUCGUACCUACAGUUCUGGUCAGGCCGCGCCGGGCGCCAACCGCACUAUGUUCAACUUUGACGCCUUCUACCAGGCGCACUACGGAGAACAGCUGGAGCGUGAGCGCCGCCUCAGGGCCCGGCGAGAGGCCCUUCGCAAGCAGCAGGAGGAUCGGGCUAAGAAGGGCUUCAGCUGGGACGACAUCCGAGACACAACUUUAGUCGUCCUUCUCCUCACAAUCUUCAUCGUCAUAGGCAUUCGUUCUUAGUCGAGAGAGAAGGAAAGGGGAGCAGCCCCCCCCCCCAGCCACACCCCCAGAAAAUGGCCUUUCCUGUCUUGAACCCUUCGCUUUCCACAGUCUACCUCUGCUGGGGUCCGAAGGAACCGCUCUCCCCCUUCGCUUCCCCACUCGCCCAGCUUAGCCUUUGACCUGCAUGCACAUGCUCGCCCUGCGGUCCAGAAAAAGGAGGCCCAAGAAGGAGAUCCCAACAUGAACAGCCCUGAAAGCCUGAGUGAAGAGUUUUCCGUUAGUCCCUCGGGUGCCUGCUUCCAGAGGUUGCCUUCCUGAUGUUGUCGGCUUCUGGAACACUGGGCUCUGGCUUUAUUGUCAAGCUCUGAGCAAAGAAAUGUCUGCUCCUGCCCCAUGUUUGUGCUGUGGAGCUCUGUACCUUGAAACGUGCAAUGUGACCCAUUGUUAGCUGCCAAAAGAAAAAUUCUGAGGUGUGCAA